AUGGAAGUGCUAUCGGUCAAUUAUAUCUUCUCUAGGAGCUUUGUUGUGUUCAAUGGAGUAUCCAAGGAAAUGUUUAUUUUCUUUCUGUUUCCAAUUUUUCUGACUGCGGAAUACAGAGUACCUCCUGUGCUCUCAAAUACAACUUAUGUUAUAGCAUGGAAUGCUCCAAGUGACAAAUGUAUGAGACUCUAUCAAAUUUUUAUGGAUUUGAGCAUCUAUUCAUUAAUAGGAAUCCCUGAAAUCCGUACCAUAAAUCAAAAUGUCACCUUCUUUUCUGCUGAUAUACUCGGCCGCUAUCCUCACUUAGACAGUGACACAGGAUACGAAAGAUAUGGAGCAAUUCCUCAGUUGGGAGAUAUAAAUAUGCAUUUGCAAAAGGCUGAGAGCGACAUUGUCUCUUACUUACCGAGAGAUCAGUUAGGCUUGGCUGUAAUUGCAUGGGAUGCCUGGAAUCCUCUCUGGUUAAGAAACUUGAUUGACAAAUAUGUUUACAGAGUCAAAUCAAUUCAAAAGGUUAAGAAAAGCAAUCCAGCCCUUGGAAAUAAACAAGCUGACAUUGCUGCAAAAAAAGAAUUUGAACAGGCAGCAAGGGAAUUCAUGGUAAGAACUUUGCAAUUAGGAAAGCGUCUUCGACCAAGAAAUUAUUGGGGUUUUUUCCAUUUUCCUAAUUGCUACAAUAAUAAUUAUCGUAACAAUAAAAACUACACUGGAAGUUGCCCUGAAGUAGAAAAGCAAAGAAAUAAUGAGCUCAACUGGUUGUGGAGUGAAAGCACUGCACUUUAUCCGUACAUUUACUUGACUGCAGAUUUAAGAAAAAGUCCAAAGGCUGCACUGUUUACUCGUAAUCGUAUUAAUGAAGCCAUUAGAGUUGCUAAAGUAUCCAAUAGUAAUAAACCACUUCCAGUUUUUGUAUACGUGCGUCCUGUUUUUCGUGAUAGACCCACAGAAUAUCUUUCUGAGACUGACCUUGUGAAUACAAUUGGUGAAACUUAUGCUCUUGGGGCCGCUGGAAUUAUAGUAUGGGGAAGCUUCUCUUUAACCCACUCUAGGGUUGCUUGCAAGAAUCUACAAAAUUUUGAGAGGCAGACACUGAGUCCUUACUUAAUCAAUGUCACUCUAGCAGCUAAAAUGUGUCACCAAGCACUCUGCCAAGAUCAAGGACUCUGUACCCGGAAAAACUGGAAUUCGAAUGACUAUCUUCACCUGAACCCAAGAAAUUUUCUUAUUAAGUUUGCAUAUUGUGACAAGUUCACAGUAUAUGGGGAGCCCUCAGUUGAAGACCUAAAGAAGUUUUCUGAUAAAUUUGAUUGCACCUGUUUUUCCAAUGUCACUUGUAAGAAGAAUGACAACAUAGAAAAUGUUAAAAACAUAAGGGUAUGUAUUAAUGAGGAAGUUUGCAUAUCAGCCUUUGUAAGCCCAGAACACAACGUAAUUCCUACUGUAGGAUCCAGAAGCACCACAAUAAAAACCACCACAGAAAUUCAACAAACAAUCUUCUAG